CCAGCUCUCUCAGCUCCGCUCUUAGGGAAAGUGUUCCAUCCCUUGGAGCAUUUCUGUGGCCCUUCCCUGGACACGUUCUAACAGAUCCCCAUCUCUCCUGCCCUGAGCACUCCCCAUCUGGAUGCAGUGCGGGUCUCACAGCACGGGUCUCACAGCACAGAGGGGCAGAUCCCCUCCCUCCACACAGCUUUUGAUGCAGUUGAUACGGUUGGGUUUGGGCUGUGAGGGCUCAGUGCUGUCUCACGUCCAGCUGCCACCCACCAGCACCCCCAGGUCCUUUUCAGCGGGGCUGCGCUCCAUCCUUACACCCCCCCCAACUGAUGCCAUAACCCAGGUGCAAUAGGCGAUGCAGCUCCGUGAGCCGAGCAGUUCUGAAGGAGGAAUCGUUAGCUGAGAGCCGCCUCCUCCGGCCGGGGAAAACCACCUUAACGCGGAGGCAGGAAGCGGCGGCGGGCACCAAUCAGGCCGGGCUGGGGAAGGGAGGGCCGUGGCGGCGGCGGAGAGAAGGCCGCGAUGUGAGCCGGCUGCCUGCGGGCGGAUGGCCGAGGGCAGUCCUGCCGGCGGCGGGGCCGCCCCGAGCGGCGGUGGCGAAGCGGCGGGCGCCCUCAGCGCCCCGGGCGGGCCCGCAGGUCGGGAUCUGAAGGAGUGGCUGAGGGAGCAGUUCUGCGACCACCCUCUGGAGCGCUGCGAGGACACCCGGCUACACGAUGCAGCCUACGUGGGGGAUCUGCCCACGUUGAAGAGCUUGCUGGAGGAGGAGAGCUUCCAGAGCCGGAUCAAUGAGAAGUCGGUGUGGUGCUGCGGGUGGCUGCCCUGCACUCCUCUACGCAUCGCUGCCACUGCUGGCCACGGCCCUUGUGUCGACUUCCUCCUCCAGAAAGGGGCUGAGAUAGACCUGGUGGAUGUGAAGGGGCAGACCGCCCUCUACGUGGCUGUGGUCAACGGGCACCUCGAGUGUGCCAAGAUCCUGCUGGAAGCUGGAGCUGACCCCAAUGGCAGCCGGCACCAUCGCAGCACACCUGUCUACCAUGCAGCGCGUGUGGGCCGGGCAGACAUCCUCCGGGAGCUGAUCAGAUAUGGUGCAGAUGUGGAUGUGAAUCACCACCUCGCUUCUCGGGUCUCCAGCCCCUCCUUGCGACCCCUCACCACACUUGUGGUCUGUCCACUAUACAUCAGUGCUGCCUACCACAACCUUCAGUGUUUCCGGCUGCUGCUCCAGGCUGGAGCCAACCCAGAUUUUAAUUGCCGUGGGCCAAUCAACAUCCAAGGCUUCUCUCGGGGCUCACCGGUGUGUGUGAUGGACGCUGUCCUGCGGCAUGGCUGUGAUGCGGCGUUCAUCCACCUCUUGAUUGACUUUGGAGCCAACCUGAACCUGGUGAAGGUGGAGGCCUUGGAAUUUGACUCCACGGGGAGGGUCAAAGUCAACCCUGAGGCUCUGCAAGUCUUCAAAGAAGCACGAGGCCGCGCCCGGAGCCUGUUGUCUCUCUGCCGCAUAGCUGUACGAAGAAUACUUGGCAAAUCUCGUCUGGAUCUGAUCCAUAUCCUUCCAGUCCCAGACCCCAUUAAACAAUUUUUACUUCAUGAACACAGUUAAAGGGCAACCAGCUGCUUUCUGGGACAGUUUGAUUUGCUAAACGAGUGAGUUGACAAAGCCAGGUGCCAAUUCUAGCCCUUUGCCCCCAGAGAAAUACUGGUUUGCUCAUGGAAUGCACAUAAUUCCCUGCCCCUGUGGGUUUCCCCUCCAGAUUAGGGUGCAAUGAUUUUGUGUGUCUACACUUAAGCUGCCAGUUAUCUCACUGGUGAUCUGUUUGCAACUGGUCGGGCAGUGAGGUCACAAGUGUGUGUGGCUGUUACAUGAGCAAACACAGUAUAUCCCAUAGCUGUUAGCAUAUGUCUGUUUGUUACGACUCUACCUCUGUUAUUGCUCCGUGUUACACACACCUUGGGUCUCAGAGGCACUUUUGUGUGGCAAAUGUUCCUGUAUUUAAGCCUUUCAUUUUCCUACAGUAUGCAAGGAAGUCUCUCCUUGCCUUGGUAAGGGGAUUACAGCAGCACUGUUCUCCCUCUGCUGUCAGUACCUGGCCUUUCUCUUCUCUGUGGAGUUUGUGGUUGCUGCUGUAAAAGUGGGUAUAUUUUCUUCUGUCCUCUUCUGGUGUGAAAUGCAUCAAGUUUCCUGUCCAGUGCUGUGCAUUACUUGGAGAAUUGUAUCCGUGUCUCUACGUGCUGCAAGGUAGCUGCUGACUUGGCUUUCUUCCUCCAGAGGCCCCGUUGCACAGAUGGGAGAGUAGCAGAAUGUGUAAUCCUAUCCCAUCUGAGUCGUUUCUACAGACCACCAGAUCUGCUGUGGCACGUUAGCUCGCCUUCCAGCACUAUGAUGGAUGAGGCAAGGGUUGGCCAGUCCUCCUCCCAACUGCCCAGGACACUGCUGUACCACAAAUGAGAAGAUACGGAGAGAAGAGGAAAUGGUAUUUUCAUCCAUGGACACUGAAUAGUACAGAGUUCAUUGCAGGGAUGAUGUGAUCCCUGUGGUUCAGUCACUGCUGCAGUGGUGGUGGGUCAAGGACUGUGAUACUCAGACGAAGCCAGAAUGUGAACUUGAAAGAUUUCUAGGGUACUUUCUGGAAAAGCAAUGACCAAACUCAACCGUUCACUGUAAAAUUGGUUUGAAUAUUUGAGAAUGACCAAGAAUGACCAGGAGUGGAGGGGCUGCUAAAUUAAAUUGUUGUCUUGCAGUGCUGGAUAGUGGUUGAUGCAAUGGCUGUGAAUAUAUCUGUGUGAUUAUGAAGAAAAAGAUAACAAAAAUUAUCUGUAGACUGCCUUGCUAUAUUCCAGUGAUUGUGACCUUACUGAAGGCCCAGUAAAGUAGGUGACAAUGCAGAGCACAUAGAAAUUCCUACCUACCUUUUACUCCUUACCUCACAGAAGCAUGACCAGAUAAAUCCACCUAACAGGCCUUUUUGUUUGAUCCUGCUUCUCUCAGCACUGUAGAGGAGGGAGAAGAAAGGACUUUUUAUCUUUUAUCAAGGAAUUAGGAGGUAGCAUGAUUCUGAAUGAAGUAGAGCCUGUGCCAGCAGUGUUUUACCCUGAAUGAGUGCUCUGCUAUUAGAUACUCCUUGAGUUGCUGCGCACUUCAGAUCAGUUGCUGAAGGAGGAGUAAGUUGCAUGUCUUUUAGUUGGAGAUACCUGCUUACAAAUACCUAAAGAAAGAGCAGAAAGGUGAAUAGGGUGUAGCACUUGUUUAUGAAAUGCUUUUUUCCAGACGCAUCAGUGACUGCAAACUCACAGCUCAGUUCCUGAGAUAUUUUUUAUGGUGGAGUUUGAUAAGCAACAGUGAACUUCUUUGUAUGUUUUUAUUAUCUGCUGAAGCAUCUUUCUGAGAUGCUUUUGCAGAAGGAGGGAGGGCAGGAAGAAAUGGAGACGCUUGAUUGUUUCCUUUUAAUUCUGUUCCAUGCCUGGGCCUGGAAGAGCAGUCAGGUGGCCUUGUACAUUGCUCUGCUCACUUAUUUUAGGAUAAGGAGGCAAGAUUUGCAUUACUGAGCAUUACACUGUUGAGAAAAGGCUGAAAUGCAAUGGUCACACUCACUCACUGUUCAGACACUUUCAGAAAUCCUCAUCAGAUGAGAUAUAAUGGCAAGGAUGUAUAGCUAUGGGCAUGCUUUCAAGGUGAGAAGGCAGCAGUAUUGCAUUGUUUCCUUUUCAGGCUUGCAGAUGGUUUAGGUUUUCACCGUACGGGAGGCCAGGGCAGCCCAUGAGCAUUUUGCCUGAGAGUUGUGUGCCUGCUUUAUGGAAGUGUUAACAUGCCUGAAAGAUGCAGGCAGGUUGUAAAGCCGCUUGUCACCUUGCUGGUAGAACCAUAAUGUUUUGCAGGAGCACGGACCAAACAUAUUCUCUAGCCCAAGUGUAUAGAGGCAGAAAAUGAGGGAGGAUGUCUAGAGAAAAUGCCAUGGCAACAGCUUCUUUGGGCCGGCUUUUUCACUCCGAUUUUUACUUCUUCACAUAGUUUUGCAAACCACUCACACAUUAGUGCCUUUUGGGAGAAAGUAGCUGGAUAGAGGUGGAAGGCACGUGCUCCUCUGGGGAGGCAUAACAAACAACUCAGUGCACAAUGUUACUAGAGUGUAUAGGUAAUGCUAAGCCUCUGCGGAUAUAUCUGUUACAAGUUUCAUUACAGCUGCCUUCUGUAUUUGAUCUGUUGACUGUUGUGCCCUUGAUUGACACUGUCCUACAUCCCUCCUAUGGAUAGUCAGCCAGUGAAGUCUUAUCCAGGCCAACAAUUGCAGCCAUCCUUCUGAGCUCCCUGCCAUGGGAGUGGGAGUUGGAAAAGCACUCUUUCCAUGGACUGUCAGUAAGUGGUACUGAUAGGAUUCCUUAGUUGGUCCUGUUGGUAAGCUCAAGCUAUGCUGAGGGGUGGGGGCUUCCACCUCAGUUACCCAUUCUUUAUUUAUCAUUUGAAGUACAAUAAUCACGAUGCUCUAACAGCGUGCUGAACUUUGUGCAUAGGGGUAGUCCUUUUGACCUCAAGUUUAAAGACUAUAUCGGUCUUCAAAUCCAACCUGUGUGGAGUCCAAAGUAUUCCCCUAACUGUGAAUGCCUCAAGUCCCUGAGCCCAGUGGAUCAAAGGAUGGUUCCCACACUCCUAUAGCAAACAAGCUUAAAGUUCAACAAGCACUUGGGUGUCUGCACAGUCAAACCUUGGACGUGCAGGAGUGCAUCUGCCAUCUUAACUGAUGGACUGUGCCUCCUGCCAAGGUUUCAGUCUUAAACUUGAGUGAACUACCUUUUUGAGGGACUGAAGAGAGUCCAGUGCUUGAGAACAGCUCACGUAACAUUUAGCUGUAAGUGUGAAGGCUGCUGCUGGAGUAGUCCUUGUGGACAUUUGUUGCUAGGCAACAUAAACCCAGCUUUGCCUGGAUGAAAUGGUUUAAUACACAGAAUAUCUGCAAUUUUCAUUGUAAUAAUGAAUCUCAAAUUAGAUUUAUGAUGUCCUGCAGGGCAACAGCACAUAUCCUCUGGCUGUCCCUGUCCCUUUAAACCCAGUAAACAAUAGUCUUCCAAUACGAAAUCUGAGUAAUAAUAUGCGUAUCUUAGUUUUCACACUAUAUAAGUGACAUUUAUUUUUGCCUUAAUUCAGACUUUACCAUUUCCUCCUAUGUAGCAAUGCAUUUUUUAUACAAGUAUUAUUUUCCAUGCAGUCUGGGAGGCAUCCUCAGAUAACAUGAAUAACAAGUGAGAUGUGGGAAAUUGAACAGUUGUGCAGUGUGCAUCCCCUCCACUGAAGAAUGCCUUUUAUAUUUGUGCAUAAUGUAUGAAGUGUGCAUUGUGUGGCCUUGCUGUAAGUACUGGGUGGGAUGAGAUUUGGAAAAUGGUUAAAGAACUGAAGCAGAUCUGGAAUAAGCAAAGAUAUACAAAGGAGUCUUGUAGGCUUUCUUCUUUGUUGUAUAGGGACUUUUGAGAGCAUGAAAUGCUGGUAGCUGGCGUAAUACCCAAAUGUAACUUCCUGUCAUUUGGGAGUUGUGCAAAUGGCAGAAUGGAAUCUACCAGGUUGCAGUGUUCGUUGGUUUGUUUGGUUUUUUUUCUCCUUCCCUUAUUCAAAUAUAGCACUUUUUACACCAGAACUGGCCUUUGAGGUGCAGCACCUCUUAAGCCCUUGUUGUUCCAUUGAAGAAAGGAAUCCAGGGACCUGCCCAGCACAAAGCAGAGGUGACAGCCAAGAGCGCUGCUUCAAGGAACACUAUUCAGUGCUCCUUUCUUUUGCCCAGGGUAGAAUGAUUGUGCACAGCAGUAAGAUUUGAUCCAAGAGCAGAUAGGAGAUAUCUGUGGUGGGUCUGUGUGUAGCUAAAUAAAGAUGUUCCAGUGCAAGA